AUCAGUUUUUGUUUAAGAAACUUUUUUUGUUGGUGCUUAAUAUCAAGUUCACUUUAAUUAACCUUUACGGUUUUGAGUUUUCUCUUAUUGAAAGCUUUUUUGAUGCUGCAUUUUAAUUCGAAGUUCAGCUUGUAUCUUACAAAGGAAAGUAAUAAAAGCUCAAUGUGCAGAAAAUCCCCUGACGAAUGCAACGCUGCCGCAAGCUUUCAGGCACAAAAAGCUUUUGGAAAGAAGCUGAGAGUCCGGAGACCAGGCAAAACAACCCCCAACAUGGACGCUUCUGAGAAGAUGUAUUGCAAUUUUCCCGAACGAUUUGUGCGGAGUCUCAACAACAACAAUUUUCAGUCAGCUUUGCGACGCAGCAGCCGCAGUCAGCGCUAGAGAAAAUACAGGAUAGAGAAUUUCUGUCAGUUUCAGGUGUAAAAUGCGUAGUCGCACCGAACUGGUGACCACCACGUUUGAUUUGGACUCCGACGAGGAGGAUUACAGUCCCGACGACGAUGACUCCGAGGAGGAUUGGCGGCCCAACAAGAAGCGCCAACAGAAACAAUCACGUGCCAAUGGCAACAGCAGCAGCGGCGGCGGCGGCGAUGCUGGCGGCGUAGGACGCAAGCGCAAGGCAGCCACAUCGGCUGCAUCCAAAACCAAGAGACGUGCCACUCUGUCUAAGGUGAGCGAUGAGGACUUUGAGUCCGUCGAUGAGGAUGACGAUGAGCUGGACACGGAUCCCAGCGAUGACGAUUUCGAUAAUCCCGCUGCGGCAAGCACUUCCACAUCGAAGCGAAUGCAGAGUCUGCCGCCCAAGAAACAGUUCAUUAAAUUAACCCAACAGGAUUUGUUGAUUAAUAAGCGGGAUCUAAUGGACAAGGAUUGGCUGCAGAACAGUCGGCUGUGCCUGUGGCGCAAGGAUGAGCAAACGAAUCUAUUGCAAAAAUAUUUGCGCGUCAAAACGUCGCAGGAUGCGGCCAAGCCGCAGGAGCAACAGUUGCUUUUUACUUCCAGCUCUGUGUAUUCAAGCUGGGAUGAGCAACACAUUAGUGAUUUCAUAGAUGUCAAAGUCAAUUGCUUGGAUCCUAACAAUAGGCGAAUAGAGUUAGAUGAUAUAGAGGCUAUUAAAAAUCUAUCUGCAGAGCUACAGGCGGAAAAUGAACAAAGUCAAAGCGCCGCGGACAAUGAUGAGAAUGACAAUAAUGAUGGCGCAGGUGAUCAGGAGCCGGGAUCUGACAAAGACCAGGAUGAAAACGAGGAGGAUGAUGAUCCAUAAAUUGAAACACUAUUAACUACUAUUAAUUAUAUAUAAAAUGGGUUCUAAACAUCAUUCCUAGAAGUUACUUAGAAGGUCAAGUUAGCAUUAGAAAUUGAAUUAAAAAUGCGAUUGCUAUUUAAAUUGAAUUUAGUAAAAACA